GUGGCAGUCCCUAAUUCGACCUCCUACUUACAUAUUCAGCAACAUCCAACAACAUCCAACACAACGCAACCACCCUCAACAAGCUCAGCUUAAAUCGAACAUCGAGAUGUCAGACAUUGGAUUCGCUUCCCAGGAAGAUAUGAAGAAGGCGCGCCUUCCACUCGGAUAUCGGGAUUCGUGUGCAAAUUUCUUGAUCACCCUUAACAAAUGUAGACAUAAGGGUAACUUCAUGCCUUGGAAAUGUGGAGAUGAACGACAUGCAUACGAGCAUUGUCAAUACAAAGAUUAUACGAAACGAAUGAAACAGAUGCAACAACAAGUCCAAGCUUCUAAAGAUGAAGCAUCCUGAAAGAAGACAAAAAAAGUGAUUUAACUCCCUGUAUUCAUCUCUCAAAUUAAGCCCUCAAUUCACCCUAUUGUCCUUUUUUCUUUCCUUCUUUUUUGAAACAUAAAUCAAGACAUAAAUUGUUGUCUAACAUUUCUGGUGGAAGUGAUCGCCAUCAUCGAAGCGUUGAGACUACAAUAUAGGCCGAAUCCUUGUUGAUAUAGAUCUUCAAAACCUUUUUUUUCUUGGAUCAUUUUUUCUUUUUCGUAUCCGGCAGUCUCAAAUAUCAUUGAUGUGAUCUAUCAGCUAGCCAUGGCCAUACAAGCUGUGAAUGUAGUCGAAACCCACGGAUGGAUCAGGAAGAAUUUUGCACAUCUAUUGAACAAUGAUCAAGCCGAAUAUGUACUGAGAUAAUCAAGUGUAACACAACAUCUUGAUAAGUGUUGAAGCAAACACAUCACUUACAACAAUGCCUAAGAUGAAAUGGCAUGGUG